AUGCUUGGUUCACAUGUUUCCACCUCGGCGGACCAACCUAAUGUUGAGCUGCAUGUGAGGCGAGAGUUGGAGUAUCCUCUCGAGGGUGGUGUAGGAGAAUUUCUUACCCCCGAAGGAUUGAGGACGAUUGCUGUGGAAUGGCAGGAAGGCUUGCUUAAUAGAUUGAACGAGGAGGUCAAAGAUACUGAGCUCGCGGGGCAGAGUGUUAUGCAAACUCUCAUUAACACAUCCACUCAGAAGAGCGCAAGCCUCGCGUUCGUGUAUGCAAGUCAAGCAUUAAACAAUAGUUUCUUUCUCGACAACCUGAGACCUCUUGCUCAAAACGAAACAUCACACGAAGCCAACAUCUCCCCUGCUCUCCUUCAAAGGAUCAAACUCGAUUUUGGCAGUCUAACACAUCUCAAAUCGACCGUGUCUGCCGCCGCGCUGGGAAUGAGUUCCUCCGGUUGGGUAUGGCUCGUUCAGGAUGCUAGUGGUGCGCUUGGAGUCGUACCCACAUUCGGAGCUGGUACCGUCCUCGUACGAAACAGGAAGCAUAGGGCCCCGACAUUUACUGCCAUCGUCGGCGAAUCGUCCGACCCAAGAAAUAUCCCAAGCUCCUCUGCCUCUCCUCAAACCCCAUCUGCGGCAUCCCCCUUGACCGGAAGCACGGUUCCACGAACUUCUCAGAAACUCACCACCGAUAAAUCUCGCACCCCGCCCUCUAGAGAAUACGCAAUUGGAUCAUCCUAUUCCCAAGGACCUUCGUACAACCCAGGCGAUAUUAAUAAUAUCCUUGGUCAGUCACACAUUACCGACUUUACAAAGAUCGGUGAUGUUCUGAGUCCGUUGUUCUGCAUCUCGGUACACGAGCACGCAUGGAUGUCAAGUGGGUAUGGUGUAUGGGGUAAAGAGCCCUACCUGAAGAAAUUCUGGACCGCGCUCGACUGGGAGAAAGUGAGCAGGACAUACGAGUACUGGCUGGGCUCUACUGUUCAACAUUAG